UUUUCCUUGGAUUAAGCAGAAAACGACAAAGUUAAGACUUUUAAGACUUUCCCAAGUCCCCUGACAGACCGAAGCGAAACGAUCAACCGAGAUCUUAUACCGCAAUCUGUUGUCUCUAUCUCUGAGGUGCGGUUGGUCCAUGACCAUUGCACGGGCUCGACGACGUCAUGACCUCCCGAUUCGAUCUGUCAGGUACCAGAUCUGUAAGAUACCUUAUGCAGUGGCAGUACGGGGUGCACCCGGAGGCAGUGAGACGAUGAGUUCCAGAGACCAUUCAUAUUGGAAAGUCGACGCAUGUCACUCAUGUCGUGUCGUCUCUAAUGGAGCAACAAGGAGGGAGAUACCUAUGCUCCCUUGAAUUCCUGAUGAUGACCACUGAAAAUGGCGAUGCAAGAUUGGGCAGGUGACAAGGCGGCAUCUUAUCUUAUCUUCGGCAUCCCGUGCAGUGUUGCCCCGCGUGUUCAAGUUGUUCCCUGUUCUCCCCGCAGCGCAGCUUUUGUUUCGUCUUUCGCCGGGCGGAAACAAUGUUCGGAAACGUUCCGCCGGUUGAAGCCCUCAACCAUUCGUGACUGCGGAGAAGCACGUCAGUAUCGCUCUUCGUCUCCCUUUUCAUAGGUGCCUCAGACACGCUUUGCUUCCGAUCAGCGGCAGCAGCAACAGCAGCAACAUAUUUAAAAAGCGUCUCGCCUGUCUUAUAACUUGUCCCGUCAAGCCAACCCGUCGUCGUCGAUACCCUGAUACUCCGUUUUCCAAUCUUCGUCUCCCAGCUCUAUCUUUCUAUCCAUCCACCAUGACAACCAAAGUCGCUCUCGUCACCGCUUCCAGCGCCGGCCUCGGCGCCGCCACAGUCAAAGCGCUGGCCUCACACUUCCGCGUCGUAGUGAACUACCACUCAAGACCAGAAAAGGCCGAACAAGUGAUCAAAGAAGCCUCGGCCAUCCCCGCGACCUACAACACAUCAUCCAGUGAACCACGAUUCCACGCGAUCAAAGCAGACAUUUCCCAACGAAGCGAGAUCCAACGACUGGUCGCCGAGACGGUGUCGAAAAUGGGCCGACUGGACGUCGUGGUCAGCAACGCCGGCUGGACUCGAUUGACCAACUUCUUCGAUCUCGAACAGCAGGUCAACGAGGAAGACUGGGACCGAUGUUUCAACGUCAACGUCAAAUCCCACCUGUGGCUUUUGUAUGCCGCCAAACCGCAUCUCGAGAAGACCGCCGCCGACGAGGGUGUGGGCGGUGCUUUUGUCACUGUGGCAAGUCUGGCUGGUGUCCGACCGAGUGGAAGUUCCUUGCCGUAUUCCGUCACCAAAGCUGCAGAGAUCCAUUUGACGAAGGGUCUUGCUAUGAUUUGUGGACCUAAAGUCAGAUGUAAUAGUGUGAGCCCGGGUUUGAUGUUGACUGAGUGGGGCAACCAAUUCCCAGAGUCCAAAGUCAAGGCGACCACGGAGAAAUCGGCGCUCAAGUCUCUCGCCACGCCUGAGGAUGUGGCUGAGCAGAUCCGCACGCUUGUGCUGAGCAAGUCUAUCACUGGACAGAAUAUUGUCUUGGAUUGCGGUAUCGCCAUUUAGAGAAAAAAAAAAGGUCAAGUCGCUACCGGCCAGGGAUCCCUUCAUGCCAUCCAAGUUGCCCAAGGCAGGAGCCUCGUGACUGUGUUCGAGAUCUACUAUAUUUCAGCUUCGAUUCGCAUAUGCAUGUUGGCUAUCAGCAUCCUCGUGGCCACCGGAGGUCACUUUGCGUAGCGCACGAUCCAAGCCCUCGACAUGGUUUUUGGACGCAUGGUACACGUGGAAGCCGGCAAAAUUUGGCACCAUAGCACGCCCUUGAAGGAGGUUUUCUGCGAUGCGUGCCACCUAGCUCAACGCACUGCAUAUGGAUGUCAGCCAAGGGUUUCGUACUGUGAGACGCCCGAAUUGGGGCCCACUGUGGGAUGGUGGAUGUCUUGUCCCCUUCAGCUUGGGGAGGAGACGGGGACCGGCGCUUGGCUUGAUGGCAUGAUUCUGGAACGUUUUUGGGGCUGUUCUCGUUCUUUUGGGUGGGAACGUGGAACAUACGGUGUGCAUGUCAAUAUUGGGGUACUUGGCCCUACGAAAAUAGGCAAAAUGUAGAUGGUCCAGUCAGACACACUGAACAACUACUGUGGAGUUACAAGGAAUACCUGUUUUCUCACAAACAUGCAUGAAUAGAUUUAAAUCGUGGACACUGUGCCAGAUACUGUCCCUGUACAUGGAGUCCAGCGAA